AUGGCAAGAAAGGCACACAAGGCAUUUAUUGCUGUUGCAGCGGUUGUGACCAAUGUUGCGGCAGAAGAGGCUCGGGUGGACAUGCACAAGCUUGUUGGGAUCGAGUGUGGACAGGUGCGCCUCGCCGCUUCACAUGUGGACUGGGCCCAGGAGCUGGCGGGGCUGGAGGAAGGUUCAUGUGAGUCAUUGGGCUUCACGGAGUCUCGCGGGACCAGAGAGGUGUCCAUUCCUUUGGUCGGCCAACUGGGCCUUGGCAUCUUCCGAAAGCCAGAUGUUCUGGGAAUUGCACAACAAGUGAGUGAGCAGCUGAACGGCAAGCCCGCCUCGCGAGGUUCGGCUUGCUGCGAAACCUGCGGUGAGGGCCAAGAGAAGUACGUCUCAGAGUCCGACGCAAGCUGCCAAGAGGCCUGCCUGAGCUUGGCUAUGCGCAUGGGCCUCUCCUUCUCGGGGUUGCUGGAUCCGUCUUUUCAGCCCGCGAACGGCCGCGGAUGCCUAGAGCGCCAGUUUCCGGUUCUCAACGCAACCCUCAUGAAGGGCGUGGAGCCUGCGUCCUUCAGCUGGGAUGUGUACAGCCGUCAGCCAGCCAACACAGUGACGCUGCGCAAGGUGGCGUUUGGUGUGUGUGGUGAGCUGGCUCUUUCAAACUCAGAGGCAGAGACUUCCUUGAAGCUUCCGAUUGGCCUUGAGACGGGCACCUGUGUUUCUGCCGGCUAUGCGGAAAGUGCUGGGCAGCAGGAAAUCCCGGGCCUUCCUGGCAAGGAACUUGCCCUCUUCCGCAAGGCUGGGGAUCUUGAUGUCCUGGACGGUCUGCACAUGGUCUUUGCCGCCAUCACUCAGGACACCGUCAAGAUGUUCAAAGUGGUCGGCAGCCUCUGCUCGGAAGCAUCCGUCGACAGGAAGUUCCAGACUUCUCUGCAGAACUUUGGCCAGUUUGAGCUGGGCUCAUGCCAGGAGCAUGGCUAUAGCAUCGCCGCUGGAAGCCAGUCUUUUAGCAUCCCGCUGCUUGCGGAGGUCCAGUUAGCGCUCUACCAUAAGGGCAUCCCGGGCAUGAACUUUGUCGUGUGA